UAUAAAGCAUCCAAAUUAAACUUGUUUACUUAAGUGAUAGUCAUGUGUCAAUCACUAUGUCACAGAACACCAAAAUGAUGUCACAUUUCCAAAAUGUCAGCCAUCUUGGCUCUCAAAAAAUUUUCAAUUCAGUCAGGACAGCUCCAAAACUGAUUAAAAAAGAAAGAGAAAAAAAGGCAGGAAAAACAUAAGGAUACAAGCUCCGCUAGGGCCAAGUUUCUUACCCACUGUGUAGCUGUGCAUUAUUUUCUUACAAAUAGUCGGGGUUCCACAUACCUUGCAAAAAGUCUUUCCUUCCAGAAAUGCUCGAUUGUAUUAAACACAUGACCACGAUCUGCAAACGAGGAAAACCAAUAUUUAUCAGUCCUCACACGGACUGUUAUAGCCGAAAAAAAUAUGGACGUAGUCUCUUUUUUGAGCUCGAAGAAAUUCUCGAAGUAGAUCCGAAAAUCGAGGCCGCUCGUUCCUCCUUUAUCUUCUAUAAAGCGUAUACAACGGGUGUAAAUGACAAGGUGACCAUAAAUCCACGUUUUGCUACCAUUACAAUAAUAAGACGCCUUCCAUUCGUCCACUUUCCCCAUGUUAGAGCGACUGUUAGAACCUUUCCGACACCUUUUCCCAUCAAAACAAGUCUCAAAACAAUGGAAUGAAACGCUGACAUUGAGGCCAGCGGUACUCAACUUCCGUAAAAUCGACAACACCCGAAAACUUUCCGAAGUUUGUCGAAGUUUUCCGUUCAUUAGCGGGAUAUCACUGAGUUGAACCAAAUUGUUUUUGCACUGCAUGUAACUACCAUCUGGUUUUUCUUUCUUCUUUUUCGUUUCGUUUUGCAGUAUGACUGAUACGACCUCUUACAGUGGAGAUGAAUAUACGGACGAGGACGAGGAAGAAGAAGAGGAGUUAGACCCUCGUGUACAGGACGAGCUUGAGAGACUGAAUGUGUCUGCCAACUCAAUAAACCAUUUGGAAGCUGAACUUGAUGAGGCCAGAGCUGUGUUCCGCCAAACCAUGGCUGCUGCAACUUAUCAUUUAAAUGCCCAGGCACAGAAGCUUGGAAAGUGUAUAGACAAGGCUCGACCUUUUUAUGAUGUGCUGAGAGAGAUGCGAAAGGCUCACUUUGAGUUACAAAAAGCAACACUACAGUUUGAAAAAGCAAACAGCAGGCAUGUUUAUGCACGGCAGAGAGUACAUGAGGCUGAACAAAGAGUGUUUGGUAGUGGAGAGAAAAGAGCAUUUGAUACUGCACUACAAGAAAUGCUUAACCAGGCAACACUUGAGGUUAACGAGGCUGAAAAUCAGAAGAAGGAAAGUUGGUUCACCCAUCAAAAAAUGUAUAAGUCCUAUCAGGAAAUUGAGAAAACCACAAAGACGAUGCAAAGCAAACUGAAAAAAUCUGUUGAGAAAGCCAGGCCAUAUUUUGUCCAAAAAGUGUCCUUCGAUCGGCAUCUUUGGCAAUUAAAAUUGAGGGUGGACUCAAUCCACAAAGGUCUCAGUGAAGCCAAACAGAACUACUCCAAGUGCUUGAGAUCACUGGAGGUCAUCAGCGACGACAUUCAUCAGAAGAGAAAAGACAAGAAAAUGCUAGCCAUGUUGGCAAAUCUACAAGAAAGAGAGGCAGGUGUCGGUGCAGACUCUGAAGACGAGACGUCCCUUGAUCAAAGUCAGCUCGAUCUUGAUCUUGACUGCAACUCGAGCCUUAGUGACGUUGAUGGAAUCCUACCGGCAAACCUCCCUGAAUUACCACCUCUCCCUGGCUGGGGAAUACAGAUGGCACCUGGGGCAGAGGGUCCAUCUGGCGCAAGUUCAUCUGCUGAUGGUGCUGCCGCGCAACUGGGAAAUACGUGCCUGGGGUCUGCGUCAAGAGUUACCUUGGAGAGGAGUGUAUCCGGUGCCGAGAGUACUGAAAGCGUUGAUUCUGAUUCGCGGGCGAGCAUUUCCGGAAGUGGCUCUUUUAAACGAGAGGUUUAUGGCUGUGAACAGGAAGACAGUGAAGUGGGCGAGUGUAGUGGGAACGACGUCCCGACUAAAGAAACCGAACAGAAUGUCGAAGUAUCAAACACCAUCGGUGAAUCCAAUGCCAUUGCGAUAACAACUUUACCUGAAACCGAAGGCUCAGAUGUUUUAGGAGAUGGAAAUAUUGCUAGCGAAAUUGUGAAUAUACCGGGAGAAAUUGCGUCACCCAUUAAUGAAACUGCAGAGGUUCCAGAACAAAGUGAGACUGAUACUACUACACAUCAAGGAGAUGAAGUUAAUGAAGACACUCAAACGAUGGAGUCAGAUAACUCUGCUUGUAAUCAGAACACACAGGGUCAAGAGUGUGCAAGCAGUGACUGUGAAUCAAAUAAAGCGAGCGACGAUCCUGUUCUGGAAACUGAAGAUAAACAAGAUUUUCCCUCGAAGGUUCAAGUAGAUAACAACAAUGCUAAUCAACGAGAACCACGGGAAGUUUCUGAUGAGACUAUUGCCGAUAAUUCCCUGGAAAUUGUCGCGCAAAUUUAAUGAAAGGUCUUGAAAGAGAAAUAGUGAGGAAGAAGAAAACUAAAUUGUUUGUACACUGAAGCAGUUACUUUUAGAGAGGUAAAAAAGUGGGCGUGAACAGGGCCCAUUCCACAAGAUUGAGAGCUUAUUGUUUCUGAAAUAUUCUGGUGUAAAGGUACUUGCAUUGACAACUUCCCUUUCAAAGACAAAACACCGUAGAAGGUAAAGACACGAAAAACCAAUUCAAUGCAAAACGUAAAUUACAUUUACCUGUAGUCAAUCCAAGCUGAUUGACUUCAUUUGUA